AUGCUGCUUUGGCCAAAACCUGAGUCAAUGAGGAGUAGAUAUUUACCAAGAAGGGUAAUGUGUUUAUACUUUUUUGUUUUGUUUCUUUUUUUAACGAAUCAGAUUAUCAUAUAUCAGGAUACCAACUUCAAAGGAACGUCUCGUGAGCUCACUUCAAAAGAGUCAAAUCUUAGCUCAAUCGGUUUCAAUGAUAGAGUGUCAUCGAUCAGAGUCAUUGGAAGUGUAUGGGUUGGUUAUGAACACUCUCAAUAUAAAGGUCGUCAGUAUAUUUUAGAAGAGGGUGAUUAUUCGACGUGGCGUGCAUGGCAAGGCUCUAAUGAUCAACUAUCUUCAUUGAAGAAACUAAAUCUAGACAUUGGAGAGACCCCUCAAAUCACCCUCUACCAACACAACAACUACAGUGGAAGAGCAGUGAAUUUCACCUAUAAAAUUACCAAUCUAAGUUACUACAGGUUCAAUGAUGAGGUCUCGUCAGUCAAAGUCAAGAGUGGUGUUUGGAUUCUGUACGAACAUGCUAACUUUAAUGGGAAACAGUGGGUAGUUACAGAAGGAUCUUACUACAGUGCAUGUUCAUUUAGAGGAGAGAAUGAUAAGGUCUCUUCACUUCGACCAAUCAAAGAGCCAUUUCACCCGACUGAGGUCCUCAGCAUGGAGUUCGACAUCGCAGCUGGAUUACUCAACCAAACUCCUUCCGCACUCGUCAAUCUCUCGCAACGCAACGAUACGAGUACCGAUCAGCAAGCUUCCUGGAGCACCAAACGUAUCGCAACCACCACCAAAACAUACGAGUGGCACUGGGAAAACAGCACAGCAAUUAGCGUUGACACCGAAUUCAAAGUAGGCGUGCCCCUCAUUGGAGAAGGAAGUAUCAAAAUAGGUGUGGCGAAUACCUUUGCCAUCGGCCAAGACAGAGGAGAGCAGAAUACCCAGUCUGAUGAAUGGACCUUCAACCUUCCAGCUACUGUGAAAGCGGGAACCAUCAUGAGGGCUCAGGUGAACAUCCAGCAUGGCAAGAUAGAUGUCCCGUUUGUGGCUGUCCUGAAGAAAGGUUAUCGUCGAUGGACGGAGAAAGGCACUUACAAGGGAACGCAGAGCUUUAACUUGCAAGUUGACUACAACGAAACACCUCUUGAAAAAUAAAAAUGCGCUGCAAGUAACACAAUUAUAGAAGUAGACCUUUUCUACAUGCUUUAGUUUAAGCUUCUUUUGUAAAAUCGCUGAAAUAAUACUUCUUUGAAUAAUACUAAAGUAGUAGCAAUAGUAAUACAGGCCUAAAUAUAUAUGAAGAAAUAUGUUUGAAAUUUAACUUAACGUACGAACUACAAAGUGCUAUCAAUCACCUGUCCUUAUUACACUUUCAAAAGAAUACACCCGACUAGAUUUUGGAAACAUAUCAAGUAAAAAUUCAAUUCUUACAAUUCGGUGACAUUGUAAGUUUGUGACUCCGCUUUUUUCAAUUUGAAAAGCCAAAUUUUUAACAUUAGGCCUAUUGCAUUAUAUGACUUACUAAACUAUUUUUUUUCUUCUUUUGUUUCAUUACACAUUUAAUACUUAUCACAAUGAUGUAAAUCACUUUCAGGAUUUAACGCUAACAAAACGUUUCUAAUUUAAGUUUAAAUUAACAAAAUCUGGAUGUUUCCCAUAACGGUAUUUACUAAUAUAUGUAGGCUGAGACUAAUGUAGGCCUUUUACCUAGUUUACCAAGACUUAAAAACAUUUUAUAACUAAUCUUACAUUUUAGAUUUCGUCAUCAUGAACCAAAUACAGAUACGUCUUUAAAAAAAAUGAUUAUGGAGAAGCUAACCAUCUCACCGUUGUUGGUGACUGUUGAGAAUCGUAAGCUGUAGCCC